AGGAGAUCUAGGCAUGCAGUCUGCGUAUCAGUAUUGGUUUGUUGGUGUCCCCACCCAAUGAAAUAAACGGAAUGACUGCUCUAACGGGAGCAUACUUAUUGUUUGAAGUUCUAUGUGUGCUUCCGGGGGUAAAAUACCUUUGAUGACUAUCAUACGAAAUGAAAAGGGAGUGGCGGGUGCGGGAACCAGACUAUGGGACACCUCCAUAUUGUGACGAACUUCUUAUCGAAAUAAACAAUACCCCUUAUAAUUGUUAUCUAACAGCGUAGCGCGAUAGAUUAGAACGUUCACCUCAAAUCUGUAAGUCAAGUGCUCGAAUACCACAGGACCUUAGCUAAUUACAACAUUAAUAUUGGGCAACACUGGGCGUUUUAAAAUCAAUUCGCCAUACCAUAACGAAAUAAAGUAUGGAAAACUAAAUGAGAACAGCAUAACUGAUAAACUGAAAUGAAGAUUAUAGUCCCCCGUAUAGAUCUGUCAACCCAAAUUUUCCGUUUUACAGCUACGCCGUUUGUAGGGGACUUAUAAAAUAAACAUUCUUUAUCUUGCGUUGUAUUUGCUCUGUUUUUCUUUUCACAAAGUGUUCUGAAUAACAGGUAUUUAUUACAGCCAUGAGAAGGUUAAAAUAAAGGAUAAACCUUUCCAUGUGACCACGAGCAUUUAAUGUGCAGUGUGUGCGUGUGUGUGUUUAAGAAAGUGUUACGUGUAAAUUGAUUGAAACUUUUUGAAGUUGGUUAUUUAUAUCGGAUGACGGAUUUAAACAAUAAGUGUAAUUUACAGAAUGUCUGAUAACUGCCGUGUGUCUGAGGCCCUGUACGUAGGUCUAUGUGAUUAUAUAGGGACACCGACAGAAGUGGCCAUUAGGAGGGAGGUGAUGGACAUGAGGGAGAUGAUAAUAAAACCUUUACAAAUACAUGAAGGCCAACGAGUGAUGUACAGUGGUAGUUUAAGAGAAGGUUUUAGGUUUACAUCUUCCGACGUAGACUUGAUGUACUGGUGUACCAAUCAUAAAGUCAUAACUGACUUAUCACAGUCCAGUUUUUAUGAUCUGUCAAAACAUUCCAUUAUUCUCAUGGAGGACACUGAUACACCACCGGGGUUUGCCAGACUACAUCUUCUUGCGUCACCACGAAUCAUAACAUUUGCAUCAUCUCUUGUUCGGUUUAAUGACAGGAUGUAUCUAUCAAAUUCAAAGUGGAGAAAAAUUAUGUUGACAUGGAUUAAAGGUAAAAAAUCAUAUAGCAGUAUAAAAUAUCAUGGUCCUUGUGCAAACAGUUUCAUGGGAUGUGUAGAAUCUGACCACGUUCUUUGUUUGCAUUGUUCCUAUUGGCCAAAGUUAACCGAGGAUUGGAGAAAAAGAUGCGCUCUACAUAACUGGCCCCCUAAGCACGUGCUUGAAGCCAUUCUAAAACAUGGCUGUCAUUUAGUGCCAGUUGGAAGUAAAAUUUUACCAAAUGAAAAUGAAGAUGAAUUAGAAUGGAGAAUGUCAUUUUCUUUGGCGGAACAAAAACUUGUUUAUUCCAUGAACCAUACUCAGUUUUUAUGUUAUGGACUUCUGAAAAUAUUCCUACAGGAAGUCGUCAAUCGAGACAUAGAAGAACCGUUUCUGUGUUCAUAUUUUGUGAAGACUACAUUGUUUUGGCUCAUACAAAUAGGACAUAUCACAUGGUAUCCAAACGGCUUAUUAAAUUAUUUCUGGAAAUGUUUAAAAUUUCUGUUAGAAAGUGUAUAUCGAUGUGUGCUGUCAAACUUUUUUGUUCCACAGAACAACAUGUUUGCCAGUAAAUUAGCGACCGUCGAAGGCGUACGUCAAUCAAGUCCCUUUCAGAAAAGAUAA